GAGCAUAAUAAAAAAGAAUAGAAGCAGUUGUACUAAUUCCAGUCCUUCACCGCUGGAAGCAUCUCUAGUUAGUCAUUGACCUUCACCACUUGCAGCGGCAGCCUCCAAGUCGAACCUGCAGGCCAUCUGUCUCUGUCGCCAGCUUCCCCCAUGGUGGCGCCCCUCUAGUGAAGCUUCGAACCGACGAAGGAAGAGCUAGCAAGGGAUAAGUGGAGGCGGCCGUAUGAGCACAUACAAAUUGAAGCAGGGCAAUCUUCUAAAUGUACCAGGCUAAAUCUGGAACGGCCGGAAAAUUAUACUCCUAAUUUAAGUAUUAAAGUCAUCCAACUCCUAUUUAAAUACUCCGUAUAUUUUACUCCUAUUCAGAACCAUUUAUCUGUUCAGAAAUGUUCAUCGCUCACUGCCUUCUCCUCCACUGGAACGCUUAAUUAGCUGCCUCAAUCUCAACCGGUCAAGGUGCUCCUGUUAACUGAUGCUUGCCUUGAGAUGCUUUAUUACAAUAUUCACUGGAAGACCAGAACCUACUAAAUUAUCGGAGAAAUAUAUUGGAACCACCGUUGUUUGUGCUGCAAAAGAUCCUCGUUCUAGGUGCCCUCGUGUAUGGAAGAGUAAGAGGAGAAUAGGGACCAUUUCUAAAUCGCUCAAACUUGUAGAGUCGAUAAAGGGAUUAUCAAAUGUUAAGGAAGAAGUCUAUGGUAGUCUUGAUGCGUUUGUUGCCUGGGAAUUGGAGUUCCCAUUGGUCACAGUGAAAAAAGCUCUUAAGAUCCUUGAGCGUGAAAAGGAGUGGAAAAGAAUAAUACAAAUGACAAAGUGGAUGCUAAGCAAGGGUCAGGGGAGAACAAUGGGUAGCUAUUAUUCCUUGAUGAAUGCUUUGGCUGAAGACGGGAGGCUUGAAGAGGCUGAAGAGCUUUGGAAUAAGUUGCUUUCAGAGAACCUCGAAUGUCUCCCUCGCAUUUUCUUUGAGAAAAUGAUCUCUAUAUACUACCAGAAUAAAAUGCAUGGACAGAUGUUUGAGGUUUUUGCUGACAUGGAAGAACUCAAUGUCCGGCCAACCGUUAGCAUUGUCAAAAUGGUGGGAGAUGUAUUUGUAAAGUUGAAUAUGUUGGACAAGUAUAGAAAGUUGAAGAAAAAAUAUCCUCCACAAAAGUGGAAAUAUCGCUAUAUUAGGGGGAAAAGGAUCAAAAUAAGAGUAAAGGACACUAGUAACUAUGGCGACCCUGAGGCAAAGGAAUCUGAUACUGAAGGUUAUUCUGAGUUGGACGAGAAGUUGGAUGAAAACACAGAGGUUUGUGUAGAUAUGUUGGAUGAAGUUGAUCUGAAUCAGCUUGAUCAAGUUACACAUUCCUCAGUGCCUUCACAGUGAGGGUUUUCAGUUUGUGAUCUGAUGAUGACAAUAUAAUGGAAAUCGGUUAAUGGAACCCUAGAAUCUGAUCUCAUUCUUGAGCUCCACAUGUGGUUGGUUUUCUUUUGGCAAAAUUCUAACUGUUAAUUUUCACGAAGAUAGUCUUGCCUGGCAUGCAACAAAUGGGAGAAGAUGGUUUUGCAUCAAAUAGACUGUAUGAGUAUCACUAGCGCUGGCCCUUUGUCCCUAUAGUAUGUCAUUCUCAAUCCUUAAACCUGGCCCUUGGUCCUUCAACCUUCUCUCAACCGACAUCAACUUUCACAAAUUUGACACAUUCAAGUUGUUUGUGCUUCUUCUUUAAUGCAUUGGAAGAAAUACCAAUUGUGUAUGUAGAUAUAGAUGUAUGUGUGAUGUUAUAAACACUAGUCAGUGGCGGAUUGCAUAUGAAGGGGUGGAACUGGGCGAGUAAUUCACCCGGACUGGAAUAGCUCUAAUUGGGAUCGGAAAUACGUUGUGCAUUAGAUGUCCUUGAUAUCUGCUCGCGUACAUGCUUGCGAUUCUCUCAAAUUGGAAUGUGGUAUACUGGUAUGUAUUACUACGUAAAAAUCAAAAUGCUGUUUUUUACUAUGUUGUAAGAACCGGACCGGAGGGUGAUCCGGAUAAAGGGGGUGUUUGGAUCUGAUUCUUAAAACUGGUUCUUUGAAGGAGCAGAAGCAAAAGUUAGAGUGU